GUUUUGCAGGGGUUUAGGGUUCACAGGGGACACAAAGAGAGCACAAAGAAUGGCAACUUGGGGAAUUGCAGGGAGAUCCACCUCUACAUUGAUGCGUGCAACAUGGAGAGCCACGACUGCAACGGAAUCAGCAUGCGCAAAAAUUCCUAUAUCAGCUUUGGUUCGCCCAUGUCGUCCCAAUUUCACUCUCCUCAAGUCUCGAAUUUCCUCUCAUUCUCUAAGUGGAAGGUUUGUUCGGCGAGAAUUGAGCUCACUUUUGCCCGUCCAUAGUGCAAUCGCUUCGGCUUGCCUUGUCUCCAAGCUCCCCAGUGAACUCAGCACCUCCGCCGAAGGUUUUGGUUUCCUCUCUCUUUCUCUCUCUCUCUCUCUCACACGAGCAACUCGGAUUGUUUUUAUUCUUAACCAAUAUGCAGCUGCAGUUGAGAAUUUAUGAAUUUUUGAGAUACGGUUCAGUCAUUAAUCAUUCAGAAAAUUUUGUAAUUGAACAGGCAAUUUAAAUUAUUAGACUGAGUUAUUUGAAUUAUAUUGAAUUCUAUUAACAUUUGAAGGAGGAUUCUCAUGUUUGAAUACGAAUUCCUUCAUAGUACAUACAGGUCAUUGUUAAGGGAUGCUCAAUAGAAUUUGAUAUAGUAAGUGGUCAACGAGAAUACAAAUCGUAAUCGGAGACCUUUAGUGUUUGGAUUUUAGAUGUGGAUAAUGGAUGCCUUGCUAAAUGAAGUGAUAGCACUAGGAUUUUAUAAGGUACUAUGAAAGGUGCUUUAAUGCAAAUGUUCAAGUGAGAAUUAAAAAAAAAAAAAAAGAAGCAAAAUGGG